AACCAGGAGACGCGCAGUUUGGAAGCAAGAAGCUGAGGCAGAAACUCCACAAGCUGCUCCCACUGAAGGUGAAAUUCUGUGCGGAUAUGGCUCUUCUCGCAUUUGGUUGAGAUUAGUUGAAGAAGAAGAAUAUGGCUCUUCUCGCAGAAAAGAUCUGCCUCCCUGUAAUUUUCAGGACGAGGGAACAUAAUACCUUCAAACCUGCCAAACUGUAUAAAGUGCAGUACAGGUGUGAGCUACCCUCUCAAGAAGCUUUAUCAAGUCGCCGGCAUUUUGUAACCGGUGCUGGUGCUUCGAUUACAACGGCUUUAACCAUCAGCAAUGUCUUAGCACCAUCGCCGGUUUGGGCUGAUGACAAGUCAAAUGGCGAAGAGGAAAAUGAUGGAGUUAUAGGUGCUCUUAAAACGCUGUUCGAUCCCAAUGAGAAAACAAAGUCCGGAAAAGUGUUGCCAAAGGCUUACUUGAAGUCGGCAAAAGAGGUUGUGAAGACACUGCGUGAAUCGCUGAACGAAGACACCAAGGAUAAUGCUAAAUUUCGACGAACUGCAGAUGCAGCAAAGGAAUCGAUUCGAGAGUAUUUGAGCACUUGGAGAGGACAACAAGAGGUGGCUCAAGAGGAAUCUUACGUUGAGAUAGAGAAAGCAAUAAGAUCGUUGGCCGGAUUUUACUCCAAGGCAGGGCCAUCUGCUCCACUGCCUGAACAAGUCAAGUCUGAAAUAUUGAAUGACUUGAACACAGCCGAAGAGUUUUUGUGACGGCAUUGCCUUUAUUGGGGGCAUCAGAGAUCGAUAUUGCUUCCUCUCUUAUGUAUAAUUGGGUAAUAUAUGGUGGAAGCCUAGAAGGAAUGUUGGCAUUGUUUAAUUUGUACCAUUGUUUUCUCCAGUUUUAUGUGAAUGGUGUGUAAAUCAUAUUCCUCUUUUCUUUC